AUGGAGCUUAAUUACACGAAUGCCACUGCGUGUUGGUUCUCCAACGAUGCAUUGUAUGGCGAGAUGACAUGCCAAGAUGAUGUUCAUAAUGGCGGGAAGGCCGCGAUAAAUAUAUUGCUAACGAGCCAAGAAGAGUACUGCCACUACGAAACAUUCAAGGCCACCUGUCCCCUAGGUCACGUCAUCUUGAUGACGUCAUCCUACUACGGACGAAAAAAUUUGGGCAAAUGUGUGAGGACAAACUUCGGCUUCAUUGGCUGCCACUCCAAUGUGUUAUCCAUUAUGGAUAGGAAGUGCUCGGCUAGAGACAGUUGCACUCUCCAAGUGAUAGAGCCAUCGUUCGACAACAUCAAGCCAUGCAACGCUGAACUGAAGAGCUACCUGGAGGUUGAGUACACUUGCAUCAGAGUAAUGAAAAUAAAUGAGGAUGAAGCGAGGAUGGCAAGUAGAGCAGUGAAGAGGAAGAGUGCAACAGUUGUGAUGAUAGAGGGGAUGGAAGGCAAAGCUUGGAGGAAGCUACUUAAUAUGCUGACGGCGUCUGAUGACACUGAUAAUGACCAAAAUGAUGACAAUGAUAACAAUGCUGAUGUCGUCGGUGAUGAAGUGGCCUUCGGUUGCCGUGACAUAAACAAUGCGGCAGAUGACACCCCAUUCAUAAAUUAA